AUGGUUAACAAUAUCUCAAUUAGGCUUGCAAUUGAAGAUCUUGAAUCACAAGAGACCCGAAAUUACACUGAAACCACAAGAAAGUACUCAGUUAAUUGUUGUAAUCUUGAGGGUGUCAAAGGGCUUAAAGAGAGCAACAACAGAUUGGAGGUAGUGAUCAAUAAUUCAAUGGUGCUCCAGUUGAGUGGGCAGUCUUGCUCUGAUGACAAAGAGUUUCCAUACAGAUAUAUCAGAGUCAGGGCAAGACUAUUGUGGCUUCUCAAGAAUAGUGGAAUCAGUUCUGCUAAGCUGUUCUAUCUGUUCUAUCACAGUACACUUGCUAUAUCCUUCAAUCAGUUCUAUUACACUUGA